UAAUAACAACUGCUCUUGGCAUUCCAUCCAAACUCUGUACUAAGCAGAGCAACGGAUUGCCCCUUUUCUCCCACUAAGAGCAAAUGCCUCCCAAACUCAACAACAAUCAAAUAGAAGAACGCCGUCCGUUAUCUUUUCCCGCAGUGCAUCCUUGCGAGGCUAUAUCUCCUUCCAUCCUCCUCGCUUCCCUCAUAACCCUCUCUCAGACCAUAUGCAACUUCCCAUCCAACACGUUCCCCACGCAACGCCGUAACGCCAGAGAAACGGCGCGCCAAAUCUCCAUUCUCCAUGCACUCUUCCAAGACCUCCGUGACCGCGGUUCCGUUAUCCCCUACCCCGUUCUCCUCUGCUUCUCGGAGCUCCACGUCACCUUCCAAAAAAUCCACUUCUUAAUGCAAGACUGCGUCCGCGAAGGCACACGCCUCUGGAUGCUCGUAAAAUCCCAACACGUGUCCACGCAGUUUCGUCUCCUCAUUCGCGCCAUGGCCACCGCUCUCGACGUGUUACCCCUUCAGAGCAUCGAAAUAUGCGGCGAAGUGAAAGAGUUAGUGGAAUUAGUUACCAGGCAGGCUAGGAAGACCGAGUUCGCACUCGACCAAAACGACGAACGCGAAACGAAACGACUGCGUUUUGUUCUGGACCAGUUCGAGAGAGGAACCGAGCCUGACCUGGACGCCAUGAAGCUAGUCCUUAACUACCUUGAAAUUAAAAGCUGGAGUUCUUGUAACAAAGAGAUCAAAUUCCUCGAAGACGAAAGAAACUCCAACGAGCGAGAGUUUAAUUUGUUGAGCAGUUUGAUUGGGUUCUCGUGUUACUCUAGAGUUAUCAUAUUCGAAACUCUCGAUUUCCAAUCACGUACCACGGAGCAACAUGAAGCACGAUGCAACACAGAGACGUUAAGUUGCGUAAUGCCAGAGGAUUUCCGGUGUCCAAUUUCGCUGGAGAUAAUGACCGAUCCUGUGACCGUUUCCACUGGCCAAACCUACAACCGAGCCUCCAUUCAGAAAUGGCUUAAAGCAGGAAACACCAUGUGUCCAAAAACAGGGGAGAAGCUAACCAACACAGAAUUGUUCCCCAACACGUCGCUUAAAAAGCUCAUCCAACAGUUCUGUUCUGACAACGGAAUCUCCAUCGCCAACUCGACUAACUUGAACCGAACCAUAACCAAAACCAUCGAACCGGGUUGUCCCGCCGCGGCGCAUGCCAUGCAGUAUCUUUCGUGGUUUAUUGCAAGUAAGCUCGUGUUCGGAACAGAGGAACAGAAAAACAAAGCCGCUUAUGAAAUUCGCAUGCUUGCGAGGUCCAACAUUUUCAAUAAGGCGUGUUUGGUUGAAAUGGGAACCGUUCCGCCGCUUCUGGAUCUUCUUGAUACGGAUGAUAGAAUCACGCAAGAGAACGCAAUUGGUGCUCUUAUGAAGCUCUCAACGCACGCCAGUGGCCAGCAAGUUAUCAUAGAUAGUAGAGGUUUAACGCCAAUUAUUAAGGUUCUCAAAAGAGGGCUCAGUCUAGAAGCUCGCCACGUUGCAGCUGCUACGGUGUUUUAUCUUUCGUCGGUGAAAGAGAACAGGAAAUUAAUAGGGGAAAAUCCAGAGGCGAUUCCGGGUUUAGUUGAGUUGAUCAAGGAAGGAACAACCAGUGGGAAAAAGAACGCAGUGGUUGCGAUUUUUGGUCUUCUUUUGCUUCCUAAGAAUCACUCGAAGGUGGUUGCAGCGGGUGCUGUUCAGGCGCUUGUUGAUGUUAUAGCUUCUUCGGAUAAAGCUGAUCUUGUAACUGAUUGCUUAGCGGUUCUCGUGGCCUUGGCGGAGAGCGGUGAAGGUGCUCUUGCUGUGUUACAAGCCCAAGUGCUGUCUUUGGUAACUGGGAUUUUAAAAUCUGCUACCUCGCGCGCAGGGAAGGAAUACUGUGUCGCAAUUUUGCUUUCUUUGUGGGUUCGUUUUGGUGUAGAAGUAAAGGGUGUUCUGGCCAGGGACUCUUCGCUUAUGCCUUCGCUUUAUUCCCUUCUCACGGAUGGUACUCCUCAUGCGGCCAAGAAAGCACGUUCCCUCAUCCAAGUUCUACAAGAUUUCAACGACAAAAGAAGUUCUGGAAUGGAGGGCUCCUCUGUUUCGCAGCAACGAUUGGUUCGAUUAUCUUGAAUUCGGUAGAUUCUUCUCUUCCUUUUACUCACAGUAAAUAUUAUUAUUAUAUCCUUAGGAAAUAAGGCCCUCUAGAUUUUAUGAAAUCAGUUCCAAGUUUUUAACCCAACGAACUAAUUUCGACUGUGUAGUUUUUUCAACAGUGGUAGUUUCUGUAUAGUAAUAAAUUGAAGAGGUCAGAUAUUAGUUGAAUAAGCGCAUAUUUCCAGAUUAGACUAAGUUUAUCUUUCUUCGGCUUUGAUUUUGUACGCUUCUUCAGAGCAACUAACUGAAUCAACUUACAGGGCAUCUAAAUCAAAAUCUAUGUUUUGUUUUGUCUUCUCUCCUUUUUACUAGGAAGAUGUUAUAUUAGUUUUAUUUUGUUUGGCAGCGUAGUUUAGGGGAAUUCCGUUUUAGGAUGUGUUGUACUUUGGGAUGUUUAGAUGGAUGGUAAGACUUAAGAGACCGAAAGGAAGGAACUUGAAGAGAAUAAUAUUUUGAAUUUUUUAAAAUAAAAUAAAAACAAAUAGAACUUGGAUAUACUUCAUUUAAUUUAAUCUCGUUCUAUUUUAUAUUUCAUUUUUACCUUUACUUUAAGAGCAUGGAAUGAAAUUAAUAUUUCUAUUUUACUAAUAUAUAAGUAUUGAAUGACGUUUAUUCUUAACCCUAUAUAAUAUUAUAAGCAUUUUGAUGAGAAGCGAGUUCUUAAUGUUGUAGUUCACAAGAUACUAUUUUUACACCGCUAGUAUCGGAUGAUUAUGGUUUAUUUUAACUUGAUGACUCACUAAUCUAUCUCAGAUCAAUGUAUAAAAUACUAUAAAACUGAUGCAAUGCCUUUCUAACGUCUAGUCAUCUAGGUCAAAUGUAAAUCCAUCUCCAAAUUUUGAAUAUGUGCAAAUCAAUCCUUAAUGAUAUAUGAUCUAUAUGCAAAAUAUACCUUUAUAUAGGGAAAUUAUUAUUAAAUCCUAUGAAAAACAAUAGGUAAUUUUUUAAAACCCUAGUAAUUAAGGGGAUUAGAAUACUUUUUCUAUGUAACAAAAUAAAUUAAUGUCAUGUGCUUACUAAAAUAAAGUGUUUAAAUAUUAUACUAUAGUCAUUGAUUAAAAUUUUCUAUUUAACUUAAUUAUUUAAUUUUUUUAGUUAACUCAAUUUCUAUUAAUUAAUUUGAUCUUAACUAGUGUCUUAACCCUAAUUUUUCCUUGAAUGAAAAAUCUCACAAUUCUAAAAUCGCUUUUAAUUUGACUUGCAAUUUAAUCAUUCAUUCAUUCACUCGUCAAUUUAAAUUUCAAAACUCAAUGUGGAUCUUGAAAUUAGUAUUUGCAUCCUUUUUGUUGUGGAUCAACCACUAACUCAUUAACUAUCCAUCCCAUUGUCAAUCACUGCUGUGAAGCACCUCCAUUGAACGAUCCAAUCAUCAACAAUAAAACCUUUAAUUGAACGCAAACCCCCUUCGAUCAGCAUAAAAUAGUAGGCAACAUAAAAGAAAAGAAAAUUCAAACUACUUUUUCUUUUUAAAAAUCCAAGAGAUUAAUAUAUUGAUUGAGUCAUCAUCUUUUUGCCAAUUAAUUUUCCCAAUUCUGAAUGAGUUCAAAAUAUACAGGUGUUUAUUCAAGAAAAAUUGUUGGAACCUUAACACAUUGAAAUUGACUCUUUCUUCUCUUUUUCUAGCAUAUGUACUUUUUCCUUAAUAAAAACUUGCCUAUUGAAAUAAACGUUGCAGCUUAUUUUAAAUUGCUUUGUGGAUAUUUGGUUUAAAUCUCAUGUCAUGAAAAAGGAUUAUGUAUAUGAUAU